UCACACUCGCACAGCUCCUACGACCGCGGCCCACCUUUUCCCCCGCCGGCCGAGUCAACCACUCUGCUUCCGCCCCCAACCUUCGCGACGCGAAAACACCCGGACUCCAACUUCCAUUCCCACCCCGAAUCCAGCGAAACAGCCCGACCAAAAUGCCGCCUCCCCAGCGCCCCCACCUCGCCGCCGCCGCCGCCGCCCUCCUCUUCCUGCUCCUCCUCCCCGUCCACCUCGCCCUCGCCGCCGCGCCGGGGUUCCGCGGCUUCUCCUACCUCCUCAACUGCGGCGCCGCGUCCCCCACCACCGACGGCCGCGGCCUCCGCUGGGAGCCCGACGGGCCCUACGUCUCCGCCGGCACUCCCGGAGCGCCCGCGCUCCCGGGCCCGGGCGGCCUCCUCGACCCCACGCUCGCCACGCUCCGCGCCUUCCCGCGCCGCCCCGGGGCCAAGUUCUGCUACGAGCUCCCCGUCGACAAAAACCGCCGCUACCUGCUCCGCCCCACCUUCUUCUACGGCGCGCUCUCCGCCGCCUCCUCCACGCCGCCGGUCUUCGAUCUGAUCGUGGACGGGACACUCUGGACCGCCGUCAACACCACCGACGACGCGCUGGCCGGCGCCGCGUCGUCCUACGAGGGCGUGUUCCCCGCGAGCGGCAGGAACACGAGCUUCUGCCUCGGGGUGAACCCGGACUACACCGACGCUGGCCCGUUCAUCUCCGCGCUGCAGGUGAUCCAGCUCGACGACUCCGUGUACAACGCCACGGAUUUCAGGACCAGCGCCAUGGGCCUCAUAGCUCGCACCAAAUUUGGCUCCACCGGCGAUAUCGAGAGGUACCCUCAUGACAGUUUUGAUCGCUACUGGCUGCCAUUCCCAGACAGCAAACAUGCAGUUAGUAGCACCCAAAAUGUUACAUCAGCUGAUUUCUGGAAUCUUCCCCCUCCCAAUGUGUUUAACACAGCUUUCGUUGCGGAACAAGAUGCGCCCCUUGUGUUACAAUGGCCUCCAAUGCCUCUCCAGAAUGAUAGCUAUUAUGUUGCCCUCUACUUUGCAGAUACAUUAUCUGAGAGUUCAAGGACCUUUGAUGUAUAUAUAAAUGAUUACCUGUUUCUCAAAGGUCUAAAUGUCACAUCAGCUGGUCUCUCUGUAUUUGCAACACAAUGGAUUCUCUCAGGCUUGACCAGAGUUAUAUUGAAACCUGCUUCUCCUUCUGCUCUUCCCCCGCUUAUCAAUGCUGGCGAGGUCUUUGGGCUUUUUCCCAUAGGAAGAUUGACACAUCCACGAGAUGUACUUGCCCUGGAGAGUAUAAAGAAACACCUUCAAAACAUACCUGAAGAUUGGAAUGGAGAUCCAUGUAUGCCUUUGGGAUAUUCUUGGACUGGAGUUACAUGCGACAAAGGAUCAAGAAUACGUGUGAUCUCUUUGAACUUCUCCAGUAUGGGCCUCUCUGGGUCUCUUCCACCUGAAAUUGCGAACCUGACUGCGUUGACUGAUAUAUCUUUCGCAAACAACAGCCUACUUGGACGUAUUCCAGAUCUUAGCAACCUAAGCAAGCUUGAACGGCUGCACCUGCAAGAAAACAAGCUAUUUGGAUUAGUACCAGGGACUCUGGGGACAAUCAAGACAUUGCGCCAACUAUUUUUGUACAACAAUUCUUUAUCUGGACCAGUUCCAGAUAACUUACUGAACAAGCAAGGACUGACUUACAGAUUUCUCCCUGGUAAUCUCUUCGCCCCACAACCACCACACUGACAACAAGAAAUUUAAGGGUGGCUACAACCACCGCACUAUAUAUGUACACAACAUGAUUCAGAGCUAGCAGGACAAUCGUUGAUUCUUUAAGGGUGGCCAUAGCAAGAUUUUGUAACCAUUCUUCUGUACAUAAAAGCAAGUUAGCAUUCAUGUGAUCGGACCAAGACCAACCAAUGCGAAGAUGUCGGCCACAGCUGGUCAAGAUACAUAUACUGGUUAGUUUCGAUCAUGUAGUUUAUACUGAAUGUACGCAUUACAAAAGGUUGGGAUAGAGUAGGAUAGUGAAACAGUGUAUACAUUGGUUGAUCAACUUGAGAUUCUGUACAUUACAAACUUGGAAUGGUGCUUACAGAAGCUUGCGUUUGCCGUGGUGGACGUUGUA